AUGUCUGAAAGCCUCAGACACGAUCCGGCGGCAAUACUUGCUCAUAUCCAGCAUGCCGUUACUGAAGUAAAGGUUUUGGUACCGAUCAUUAACAAUGUUCACUUUUUAAGUGACGGACCUGUAACGCACUACAGGAACCGAAAAAUGUUCUACUUAAUGGGAAUUGAAAUUCCUAAGCUAAUGAAUGUUAAUAGUCUUCAGUGGCAUUACUCGGAAAGCGGACAUGGGAAAGGGGCUCCGGAUGGUGUUGGAGGUUGCAUUAAAAGAACUGCAGACCGAAUAGUGGCUACUGGAACGGACAUUACUAAUGUUUACCAAUUAGUUAACAAAUUAAAUGGAAAUUUACAAAAAGUAAAAAUUGGUCUAGUUAGCGAAGCAUCGAUAUCAAAAUGUGAUGAUUUGAUUCCUUCCGAAAUUGCGCCUUUUCGUGGUAUACUACAAAUUCAUCAGAUAGUUUGGAAUCGUAAAAAUCCAUUUAUUAUCCAUGCCCGUCGUCUUAGUUGCCUUCAGUGCACUUCAGAAGAACAUUGUAUCCAUUAUGGCAUAGGAAGCAUAAUUUUUCAAAAUUCCAACUUGGCGCCAAAUUGUAUCCUUUUUUUAAAUAUAGUAUUUCUACAAACUACCCUAACAAUUAUUAUCAACAUAUUUUUUUACAAUUUCGAAAACAUCCUUAACAAAUUAUAUUUAGCACUUGAUGGUGUACAGUCUACAAGACUUCGCUAUUCGGAUGUAUAUGAUUCAAGCAGCGAAAAUGAAAGUGAAUUCGCCAAUUUCAAGUCAGAAAAAACUUUAGCAGUAAAUGACUUUGUAGUUGUAAGAUUUCCUGUGCUUGAAGCAGAACAGUGCAACUAUAAUACAUCAAAUUUAGCAAACGAUACCAAACGUGCCAGCUACAAUACAUCAACUUCCAUAGAAAAUAUGUUUCAGCCCUCUCCUUCUGAGUAUUUUCCAUCAGAUUGUGAAGACUCCGAGGAAGAAGUAGAAAUAAAAAAAACCGAUAAAAGUUUAAAAAAGCUUACAAAGACUAAAAAACAACCCACAACUAAAAAUAGAAACAGAAAAGAUGAUGAAGAAGCAAUACAAAUUAAAGUGAAAAGCAUAAAUCUCCAACAGAAAAACCUGGAUGCCAGAAGUGAAAAUAAAAGUAAGAAAGAAACAGAAGAAGAAAAUCAGAACAAAGAUUCAGAUGUAACUGUCGAACCGAAAGAAUGUAAACUUGCCAGAAAAAAGGAAACCGACUAUAAUCUCGCCUGUUCAUCUUCUAUUAAGGUUGUAGAAGUUCGAAAAAAUAAUUUUAAUAAAAUGAUCAGAGAUAAAAGAUAUAGUUAUUAUUGUCAGAAGAUGGUUGGUCAAAUAGCAAAACACCUGAAGAAGAAACAUAGCAAUGAAAUUGAGGUUUCCAAAAUUUUAGCAAUGCCGAAAAAUAGUAAGAAAAGACGAGACGAAUUCUCUAAGAUAUUGAAAGUAGGGAAUUACUAUCACAACUGUGAAGUGCUUACUUUAAAAGAAGGGAGUCUUAUUUUAGUUAGAAGACCUUUACCAGCUGAAGCCGAUUCUUUUACAUAUAACGAUUAUGGCCCUUGCCCAGAAUGUCUUGGAUUUAUGCUUAAGAAACACUUGUGGCAUCAUAUAAAAUAUGGAUGCAAAAAAUCACCCACUGAUAAACCUAAUACUUUCCGUCGAAAUUUUGUAUCAGAAAGUUGCGCGCUCAUAGCACUUACGCUAGGAAAUAACUUUAGUAGUGAAUUCUUUAAAAAUAUUAUAGAUAAGUUACGAACUGACAACAUAAGUCUCGUGUGUAAGCAAGACCUACUAAUAAUGAGAUUUGCUUACAUGUAA